AUGCCGCCGCCGCCGCUCAGCAGGGCCGCCCGCCGGCCGCGCCGCGCUGCGCCCUCUCCCGCCCCUCCGGCGCGCUCCCCGGCUAAGGCGCGGGAGCGAGCCGCCGCCGCCGCCUCUGUCCCCGGGCGCGAGCCCCGCCGCCGCGCGCGGGGCCGGGGCCGGGGCCGGGCCCGGGCCCGGAGCUCCAGGCGGGACCGAGCGGGGCGGGAACGGGCUGGCGCAGGUGUGGUCCACAGCGGCUGGGCCUCGGCGCUCGCGCCCCUCGCCGCGGAGGGGAGUGGGGAUCGCGGGCGCUUCAAGGGCGAGGGCGGCAGGCGGAGCCCCGGGCCAGCGGCGGGCUGUCAGAGAACAUGGGUGAACAGAACAGCCAACCCCCCCCUGCCUUCCAGGGGCAAGAGAAUUCAUAAUAGAGAGGAGCAUUACAAGUGCAAUAAAUGUGGGAAGGGCUUUAAGCAGUCAUUAAAUCUAAGACAUAAGAAAAUCCAUACUGAAGGGGAAUCUUACAAAUGGAAAGAAUGUGGUAAAGACUGUAAAUUGUGUUCAAACCUUAGUCAACAUCAGAUAAUUCAUCCUGGGGAGAAACCAUACAAAUGUAAAGAACAUGGCGAAGCCUUUACCCAGGGCUCAAAUCUUAAGCAGCAUCAGAGAUCUUAUAUUGGAGAGAAACCUUACAAAUGCACAGAAUGUGGCAAGGCUUUUAAAAGGCAUUCAAAACUUUCUGAACAUCAGAGAAUUUAUAUUGGGGAGAAACCACAGGACUGUAAAGAUUGUGGCAAAGCAUUUACCCAGGGCGCAAAUCUUAAGCAGCAUCAGAUGCAGCAGAAAAGCCUUACAAAUGUACAGAAUGUAGCAAAGCCUUUAAAAGGCAUGCACAGUUUACUCAGCAUCACAGAUUUCACACUGGGGAAAAACCAUACAAAGCAUCAGAGAUCUCAUACUGGAGAGAAACCUCCCAAAUGUAGCCAGUAUAACAAAGCCUUUAACUGGCUCUCGAAACUUUCUAGACAUCAGAAAAUAGGUACUAGGGAAAAUCGUACAAAUGUGGAGAAUGGGACAAAGCCUUUAACCAGAGUUGUCACCUUGCUCGACAUCAGAGUCCAUGGUGGAGAGAAACCCUGCAAAUGUAAUAAGUGA